UCUAGAGCUUGGCGAUUUUGACUUGUGACAAAGAAACCAACAACAGAACUCAUUUCAGCCAAUCAGAAGCCAAAUUUUUCAUAGCUAAUGGAAUUUUUCAUAGUAUAAUGUAAGACCCUAAAUUAUUUAGGUAUUUGUUGAGAAAAAGACAGAGCUGAAGUCAUCUGUUAACUUUAUUUGGUUAAGAAGACAAGAAGACUAGAAUCAGAAGGUGCUCUGUAGCUCGAAAUAUCUGGGAUAUCCAAAAGAUGGAGAAAAGAGAAUUAAAGAUUUCUGUUCCAAAAUUUGACAAGAUUCCUUGGCUUAGUCAGGCCAGCUUCUUAAACAAGCCAUUGGUGCCCAGCAUGCCCCAAAGAUCUUCUCUGAUUUCGUCCAAGAAUACGAACUUGCCAAAUUGUCUUCAAGCUCCAGGUGUCUUAUCUGAGGCCAGAAGGAACCAGAAUAUCCCCUCGUGGGCCAGAAACAAGCAGCUCUGUGCCACAUGUCAUGAAAUGAAAUUGGCACAAUUAAGAACUUUGGUGAUUCCAAGUAAUCAGAAACUACCCUUUGAGAAGUCUAUGAUCCCUAAAAUGAAGAAUCUCCAUUUAACAGGUUCCUAUACUGCACACAGUAAUAUCCCUACAGACAACAUCCACUACAGGCUGCCCAUUAUGGGCCCCAGGCUCGCUGUCUUCCAUGGAAUGCUGUCAAAUGCCUACAAAACUCUACAGGAGUCAGAAGUCUCUUCUGUGCCAAAAAAGCAGCCAGUGGGCAAGAUGAGGAGGUGUUCUUCCUUCAGGGCAGGAAACCAGAGAUGGUGCCAGGAGAUAUCUCAUGAGUUCAGCCUGCUAAGAGUAAAGAAGAGAGAUGGAAGACACCCCUUGGUCCUUUUUUCUGUCAUUUAACUCUGGUAGAUGACAGAGGACACUGAUGCAAUAACUGGAAAAAGGCAAGUGAUUGGCUGUUGCUAUCCUUGAGGACGGGAACUGUCCCUUGUUCUGCCCUCCUCAUGUGACCUCCUGUGGUGUCUUGUGUAGCUCAGAUGUUUAUCUAAUCUUUGCUCAAUUAAA